CUGUUUGUUUGUUAUUUUAAGGGGCUGACUGGGCCCCCUUCUCCAUUUUGGUGAGACGUGACAGUAUCUGUGUGGUGCAGAAGUGUAUAGGGUAAGCCAAUACUCCGGUUUGGCCAAGUGUCCUCACAUGACGUAAGGCUAACAGCACAGCACAGCACAGCGCCUCGAGGGCCAGUUGACAGUUCCCACUCCUCCGCGCCUGCCCGUGAACGGCGGCCCCAGUCCCGCUUCGCGAUCUCCCACAGUCCACCAUCCCAAUGCAGUAUGAAGCUGGGCUUGUCUAAGGCAUGGUUUUCCCCAGCAUGUUGACUUGUUUGUUAAAGCGUUCCCACUCGCUCGCUCAUUAACUUCAGCCCUGCCUUGAGCUCUGUUUAUCUGUUCUCUUCCAUUUGAGGCACGACCCCACCAACCAACGCAGCUGGCCGACGACCGACCUGUUGACUUGAUGACAAUAGCCAUGGGGAGCUGGUCAGCCUUUCUGGCGGCCUACCUCCUAGGCGGCAUCACGUUCAUUCCCCUCGUUCUCAUCACGGUAUACCUGCACACGCUGUACGCCUGGCCGAAACGAACAGAUCUCGACGCGAGCGGACGACCCGACGAAGAUGGCACCGACGAUCUCGUGCAGCCCGGGGACGACAAAGCUGCUAUCGAUGCGGCAAAGAAGGAGGAGGCGAAGCAGAACUCUGCCGAGGUCACGGCUGGCUACUUUGCCGUGUGUCGAGAAUACACGCCGAUGGGCAUCAACGCCAAACCGAUCGAGCGCUCGACGCCGGUGGGCAGCGCCACUGUUGCGGCACCCAGUCAGAGCGUCUACCAGACCAUGUAUCGUUCCAUAUUUGAUCGAAAAACAUCCGUGCCUGGGAAUCACGACAAUGGAGGCGGCAACAGCGCGAUGAGCCAGCGGCCCAGAAAGGCGGGGAACGUGUUCUACGUGGUGCUGAGGCAUGGCCACCUGAUGUUGUUCGACGACGAGGAGCAGAUUGAAGUGCGGCAUGUGAUUUCGCUCGCGCAUCAUGAUAUUUCAGUCUAUUCGGGAGGCGAUGUUACGCCGGAGGGCGAGCUGUGGAUCAAGCGCAACGCACUGUGUCUGUCACGAAAGCAGGACGGCCCCGAGAUGACGGCGGACAGUCAGAUGUCGAAGCCGUUCUACCUGUUUUCGGAGAACUGUUCUGCCAAGGAGGAUUUCUACCACGCGCUGCUCAAGAACCAGGAGCAGACGUUUGGGGCCACUGAUCCGGGCAAUGUCCCACCGAAACCAAAGGCAUUCGAGGUGAAGAACAUUAUCACGCUAGUCCAGAAGCUUCACUCCACGGAGGACAAUGUGCAUUCCCGGUGGCUCAAUGCUCUGAUUGGGAGGGUAUUCUUGGGCGUGCACCGCACGGCGGAUAUCGAGAGCUUCAUCUCGGAGAAGAUCACCAAGAAGAUUGCGCGUGUCAAGAAGCCGACAUUCCUGACGAAUAUUAACAUUCAGAAGAUUGACACGGGCGACGCGGCGCCCAUGUUCAACAACUUGCGGCUGAAGGACUUGACAGUGGAAGGAGAGUGUGUCAUUGAGGCAGACGUCAAAUACACCGGCAACUUUCGCCUCGAAGUCGCGGCCACGGUGAAGAUUGACCUUGGCACGCGGUUCAAGGCUCGAGAAGUCAACCUUGUGCUGGCUGUCGUGCUGAAGAAAAUCGAGGGGCAUGUGCUGUUCAAGAUCAAGCCGCCACCGAGCAACCGUGUCUGGCUCUCCUUUCAGACGAUGCCAAAGAUGGAGAUGGCGAUUGAGCCAAUUGUCAGCCAGCGCCAAAUCACGUAUACACUCAUCCUGCGACAGAUCGAGAACCGAAUCAAAGAAGUCUUUGCGGAGACCUUGGUCCACCCAUUCUGGGACGAUGUGCCUUUCUUCAAGACUGAGCACAAGUCUUGGCGAGGCGGCAUUUUCGAAGGCGACAAUGCCGUUGUCUCGGAAGGCAGCGACGUGCAGGGCAUCGUCGCGCAGACGGGCGAUGCUGACGCAGUGGACCGCGUGGACGACAAUGCCGAGUUGAUCAACGAGACAAGACCGCUUGAGAAAAGUCACAGCCUCCCGCUGGUGACGGAGAAUGCUCGAUCGACGACGACAACGGGACUGUUUGGGAGAAAGAUCUCGAAAUCCUCGGCGCAGCCCUCACCAGCAGCCUCGUCGACUAGUCUCGAGACAAAGCCGCAGCCAGUGCCAGUACCGGUGUCGUCGCCACGCGCCACUGAGCCAGUUGUCGGGACAGAUGCUGCCCAUGCGGAGCUGUUCAAGCCGUCAUCCCCUCCUGCUACGGACAAUGCAAGCUCAUACAUGGCUGCCCUGCAAUCGAGGUCGCAAGAAGCAUCUAAAGAGCAGACUACACCAAGUGGUACGCCAUCAAAGCCAGCCUCCGUAGCGCCAACAUUGAGCUAUUCGUCUGCCUCAUCAGCAGACAAGGAGUCUGAACAGCAGUCUGACGAAAUCCCCAUGCCGCCGCCUGGACGCAGAAAUACCACUUCAUCAUCAGAGUCAGCGUCCAUGAGGGGGCUUGAUGGCCAAGAGCCUGCAUCGCCAGCCUCAUCAAAGACAUCGUUCAAGGACCAGGCCGGCUCUCUUGGACGGAACUUCUUUUUGCGCCGCGAAAACUCGAAUACAUCGCUGCCCUCGGUCAAGGAUGACUCAUCUAGCGUGAACUCCCAGAAGAAGAACACACUCGCUGCCGUCACCAAUGCCGCAGUGCAGGCUCGCCAAUGGGGCUGGAAUGCGAUUCAGCGCCAAAAGGAGGCGCGUAAGAGUGGCGAGGGACCAAGCAACCCGCAGGUGGACCUAUCGCAGCCCAUGGGUCGAGGACAACCACUGCCACCUCCAGGAACGCCGUUACCUGGGCCGGCAAAUAGUCGAACGAAGAUUGGUCCGGUGAAUAUGCCCAAGAGAAAACCUGUGGCAUCUGAGUCAUCCCCAGCGGAGACGGAGGACAAAGACCACGAUAUAACCCCGCCACCUCCCCCAGCGGGGAGAAGGCGGAGAGGAGCUAGCCAUGACGUGGAGGACGCUAACGAGGCAGCUGGGAUGGGCAUGCUGGUCGUGAAAGCGCCCGACGACGAUGAGACGCCGGGGCCUUCUGGAGCCGUAGACGCGGACGACACGGCCAAGUUGACAAAGACAAGCUCAGCAGGAUCGACCGGCCCAGCCAAACGGUCAGCUCUUCGACCUGCCAGUUCAGCCAAGACACCAAGUCUUCGUUCCAUCAGUCCUGGCAAGAGCCCCAUUAUCGCACGGCCGGUCAUUGAUGAAGACGAUGAUUACUCGGGCUGGCUGGACCAUGAUGCCGACCCGCUGGAAGCGGACAAGGGGACCGAAGACGACAGGAAGAUGUAG